AUGACGGUACACGUAUUUGGAGCCAUAUCAUCCCCGACGAGCUGCAUCUUCGCCCUCAACAGGACGGCCGAUGACUACCGCCAGUUUCCAGACGUAGCCGAUAGCGUUCGACGUAAUUUCUACGUCGACAAUUAUCUAGACUCCUUCGAGUCCGAAGACGAGGUCAUCAAACGGUCCCGCAAAAUGAAGUCCCUUCUCCAGUUAGGCGGCUUUAAUUUGACCAAAUGGACGUCGUCAUCGCGAACGGCGAUAGCUACGCUACGAGAAUUUGGCCUCGCGUCACCAACUCUGGAUCUGGACUUGGAGAAACUUCCCGUCGAAAGAACGCUGGGAGUAAUAUGGGACAGCGAACGAGAUAUGCUGACGUUCAAGAUUCGGAAGCCGCCAAACAACGUGACACUCACAAAGCGAGCCUUCCUAAGCAUCAUCUCUAGCGUUUACGACCCGUUGGGGCUGGUUGCACCAGUUAUCUUUGUGAUGAAGUCUUUACUCCAAGACAUCUGGACCAACGAAGAACGGAUCGGUUGGGAUGACGUCGUACCGGAAACAUUGAGUCAACGUUUCUAUGGCUGGUACGAUCAUCUGGAAAAUUUGGAGUCGCUCUCAGUACCGAGAUGCUUCCGUUUCAAACGGGGACAUUGGACUCAACAGCACCUCCAUGUCUUCACGGAUGCAAGCUCCAAAGGAUUCGGAGCAGUAGCCUACUUCCGCACUGUAUUUGAAGACCAUUCCGUCAACGUGUCAUUCGUCAUGUCGAAAACGCACGUCACACCGGUAAAGGGUCUCACGAUUCCCCGUUUGGAGUUACAGGCGGCAGUAGAAGGCCUCAACCUUGCUCUCACGAUUUGUCGUGAACUAGAAAUUGACUUGAGAUACUUCGAAACACAUCUCGUCGACAAUGGCGUCAUGUUGCCGGAGAUUCAAACCCUGCAGACCUUUGUAGUAGAGGUAUCGACCCAAAGGACGUCGAUGUUGGCCUACUUCCACCGUGGACCUCCGUUCCUGAAUUUGGACCCAGCAGACUGGUAUACUUGGGAGCAGAUCACGGAGCCUGAUGAACGAGACGUGAACGUGAUCCGCGUCUUGACAAUCAAAACGGAAGACGAGAACCACGUCAUCGACCAAUGUGUUACACGUUUCUCCAGUUUGCUGCGACUUCAGCGAGUGCUGGCCUGGGGUAGGAGAUUCACCAACAACGUCACAGCACGAUUACGUGAAGAAAAACCCAUGGUCGGGGAGCUGACAGUAGAAGAAAUGCCCUUCCUGGAUGAAGUCGGACAGAUGCGAAUUGGCGGACGUAUACUUCAAGCGCCAAUCGAUUAUGCAGCCAAACACCCCAUAAUUCUACCAGCUUCUCAACCGUUAACGAAAAGGAUAAUUUGGGAUCAGUACGUUAGAAACAUGCACGUCAAGACAGAAAGAUUGCUGACAGACCUAAUUCUCGUUACUGGGUACUUUCUGGACGCAACGUGGUAA